GGCCACACCUAGAUCCUGUGCCAUUUCCACCCAUUUUUUCUUUCUUUUUUUUUUAAGGGAAUAAAAGAAAAGCGCUUUUUUUUCCUUCGCCUCCUCUGUGGUGCGCUUGUUUGCGUGUCGGCGUAUCCCGGCGGUGUAACCGGAGAGAGGGGGCCUCACUAAGAGGGAAUGCAGGACUGCAAUGGAGCACAAUGCAAUACAGUGGGUGGGUGCUCCCUCCUGCCAGAGAGGCAGCUACGCCUUCUACAAGUCGGUGAGCAGCAGAGUUGAGCCUGACGGGCCACUUCAAAUAUGGAAACUAGGAGAGUUCUACUUCAUCCAAUGCGGACCACAGGAUCCCGUCUGUAUCGCAGAGGUGACCUUACUGUGGGAAGAUCAGGCUCGACACCACCUGCUGGCGAGCACCAGACUCUACUUCCUGCCUGAGGACACUCCAAAGGGCCGGACCAAGGAGCAUGGAGAGGACGAGGUUCUGGCUGUGUCCAGGAAGAUGGUGGUACGAGUGGAGGACCUGGUGAAAUGGUCACUUUUGGAGCCGGCAGGGUGGAGCAGCAGCCCGACUCCUCUGCCGGUCGGGACCAACGGCGUCCACAUACCUCCACAGAGCAGCGAAGAAAGGAGUGACACACCAAACGCCGCUGUUGAACUGCUGAUAGUCAAAACUGAGGACGACCCGAUCGGACGACAGACAGUUAAAGUGCUCAGCUACCCACAGUACUGCCGUUUCCGCUCCCUGCAGAGACGGAUCCAGGACGGAGCCAGGGGCCCCUCUUUGCAGGACCCCCAUCUGCUGGCCCUGGGGGGCAUCAAGGUGCUACCAAAUGUCAGAGUCAUGUACUGCAGGGACACCUUCAACCAUCCGACGCUGGAGAGCAGUGCCUGCUUCUCCUGGCAGUUCAGGUGUCCAUCUCUGAGUCUCAGAGGACGACCUCGUAAAAGGAAAGGCCGUGACAGCAAAGACUCUCCGACCUCUGGUCAGCCGGAGUCUUGGAUUGAAAGGAUGAAGGAGAACGUGAUGGGCAGCGUAGAGGUUGGCUGUGAGGUCAGCUGGCUCCCCCACCCAGAGGAGCAGCUGUUCCUGGAUCAGCUCUUCUCCUUUAUGGAGCGUCAGGGAUCGCCUAUCCACAAAGUUCCCAACCUGGGCUUCAAGAAGAUCGACCUCUUCCUCAUGUACUCGGUGGUCAAACGACUUGGUGGCUACAAAAAGGUGACUUCAGAACGCCUCUGGAAGGUGGUUUACAACGAGUUAGGCGGAUGUCCAGGCAGCACCAGCGCCGCCACCUGCACCAGGAGACACUACGAGAGGCUGAUGCUUCCAUAUGAAGAACACCUCCGAGCAGGAGGAGCGGAGUUUAAAAUCCCCGACAUCCCCCUACCUUCCAAACCCAGAGGGAUACGAGGACGGAAACCUCUUCCCAGAGGCAGGAAACCUGGACCUAAACCCAAAGAGAAGAAGCUGGACCCUCUUUCAGCUGCAGCUCCUUCUUCUCCGACUGGGACUCCUAACGGCGCUGUGAUGGUGAAACGAGGAAGAGGCCGUCCACCAGGGACUCGUAACAAAUCCACGCUAAUGGCUCAGGCAAAACUGCUGGCUCAGCAGCAGGCCAGCAUCAAGCCAGCAACAGUAGAGAUGAAGCAGCAGAGUCCUCUGCUGCCACCUAAAGGCAGAGGAGGGCCGACACCCAGCACCACACACAGGCCCAUCCAGCCGGCCAUCAUCCCCAUGCCCCUCACCCCGGACCUCUCCCCCAUGUCCCCUCCUUUCCUCCCCUUCAAAUCAGCCGAGCUAAAGACGGACCGAGGAGACUGUGCAGCUGCGUCCUCCGCCGUUCUCCUCCCCACUCUGCCUCACUUUGUCGGAGGCUCCUUGAGUGGUUUCAGCCCCAUCAAAGGCGUGUGUCCUCUGGAUGUCUUCAGGGGCCGCAUCAGCCUCCAAAGAGGCCCCGACAGCCCCGCCCUGACCCCUCAGGACCCUGCACAGCUCCAUCCCACCAUCAUCACCGUCCAGCCCAAAGGAGGAGGUCCUGACGCCCCUCAUCCCAGCACAGAGCAGCUGCAGACUCAGCACCAUAACCACUGCUCCGGCUGUACACUGGAGGAAGGGGCCCAGAGAGGAGUCACCAAGGACGCCAGGGGACGGCCCCCCUUGCCCCCGCUGCGUGUCCUGCCUCUGAACCUGGACUGCAGCGUUCAGGUGUGUCAGCUGAUGAGAACUCGCCACCUGGACACGUCUCAGCUUCAGACCUUCACCCGGCGGCUCUCCGAGGCUCUGUCCCAGGACCUGAGCACCAAGCCCCCCUGUUCCCCCAUCACCCCUCCCCCUGAGCAGGCGCUGCCCCUCAACCUCAGCAAACGCUUACCACCCAAAAGACCCGCCAGCGAUGGACCGGAGCAGAGUCUGCAGACCGUCAACGGAAACUCAGAUCCUACGUCAUCCAACAGAUCCCGGACCAGCUUCCAGGAGCAAGCCCAGGACUUCAGCCUCGGCGUGCGGUCCGGUUCUGGUGCAGCGCCCGGUAUUCAGAACAUGGAGGCGAGGAGCCAGGAGGAACCGGCAGACCUGAGCUCUCCCAGCAGGAUCCGAGCCUUUCUGCUCGGCCUGCCGCCCUUCCAGGUGAAACUGGAGGAGGAUCUGAACGGGACAAAACUGGUGAAAAUUCCUCCUACUGCUGAAACCAAAAGGACUGAGGUUGGAGAAGGAGGCGUGAAGCAGGAGGAGCGGGUCGGUAAGGAGCCAAUGGAGAAAGAUCCAACCUUGUGUUCGAAUUCUGGUAUCGCUGAGCUGAAAGGAGCCGGACCAUCCAACAUGGACACACACUGUUUUUAAAGUUAGAUCUG